AUGUUCCUAUCGCUUAUAGCGAUUAAGAAAUGCUAUCAUGACGUGUUUCAAUCGAAAAUAACCAACUUAACAAAUAUUGAAGUUGGACCACAAACGCAGGCAAUAGGAAAGAAAGAGAUAAAUAUUCAUUUUGAUUUAUCCAGCGUGAUGUCCAACUCUGAUAAUCAAAUGUGUGAACAUGAAGAUCAAGUAGUUCGAUGGUCAUUAGCAAAUGAUAUGUAUAUUUGUACUUCAAAAGAUAUAAUAACAGAAGAGCAAAAACUAGCGCUACAACAAACAUUUAACGAAGUAAAAUCACUCGUUAAUAGUUUUCUACUAGUAGAACCUUUAAAUCAGCCAAUUUCUCCGGCCAAAAUUUUAGAUUUUCCAAUUAAUGAAUCAUUACUAGUUGAUACAGAUCUCUUUAUUAGUGUAUAUGUCAGAAAACUACAACACGUAUAUGAUACAAACAUGGGAUCCGUUUUUCAAGUUUUAUAUAAAGGAAGACCAGUUCAAGGAGUCAUUUUUAUAGAUCCACAAGCAAUUCCUUCGAAAUAUCAGUCAUUGAAUAUGCCAAAUAGAGAGUUUUUCUUAGAAAUUCUCCAUCAAGUUUUUCAUAUUCUCGGAAUUUCCAAGAAUUUAGUUAAUUAUUGGAUUGAUAACGCUACAAAUACUCAAUACAAGCAAUCUCCAAUACAGAAAUUGCAUUAUAACAAGUACAACAAAGAUUAUUUUGUUGUUGAUACUCCAUCAACGAGAAAAUUCAUGGAUAACAGAUUUGGCAACAAGCCAAUUGAAAAUAUAAAUGGUAUAGAACUUGAUUUAACCGGAAAUGACUAUACAAGUCAUACAUCUGGAAUUGUUUAUUUUUCUGAUAUAAUGAACACAGUUUCCAUGCCGUCAAAGGUUAUUUCGGAUGCAACUAAGUCUAUUUUAAUGAGUACUGGCUUCUACCAACUCUCAGAUUCCAAAUUUAAUUUUGAAAAAAUAAAUUGGGGAAAUGGAACAACGGUUGGAAAGAAAAAACGGUUAGAUUUCCCAUUUGAAUCACCUCAGAAAACGUAUCCGGCCAAUUAUUUCUGUAAAAACGACCAAAAAGGAGAAAUUUGUUCUUAUGAUUACAAAGGAAGGUCGGAAUGUGCUGGAGAUACGACACCAAGCUGUUAUCACUCUAGUUUAGCUGAUUAUUGCAGCGAAAUCAACUAUUCAAAUCCAAAUAAUUUAAAUUUGAUUUCAUUUUACAAAGAAUUUGAAUACCAGAACGUAAAAAUACCAAAAGGACAGUUGUGUUCUAAUUCUGAGUCUAAAACUGAUAAAAGCAUCAGUCGAAAAGAAGAAUUUGGAGAAAAUUCUUUUUGUGCAGAAGGAAAUGAUGGAACUUCGUUUGCAGGAUGCUACAAAAUGUUCUGUGACGAAUAUGGAACUCUGUUUAUUAAAAUUGGCCGUGUUCCUCGUAUUUGUUAUUCUGGAAAGAAAAUUAAAUUUGGAAACACGGAAAUUUUGUGUCCUCCGUCAGAAAGCAUUUGUUCAAUAUCUCCUGUAGAUAACAGAUACUCGAAAUUGCUGAUUUUGGUUGCAAUUUACAUGAUUUUCUUGUUAACAAUCAUUGUUUCAAUGAUAAUUCUUUGUUUGUACUGCAGGCACCUCAAAACAACUGAUGGUGACACUCCUGCUGAUAGAACUGUUGAUAUUCCUCUUGUUAUUUCAAUAUGA